AUGGCUCUCUCAAGUGGUGUUCACGCCGAGAAAGAGGUGGGCGUCCCCGGCGUCGCUAGCGUCGGAGUCGGUCCAGGCGUCUACGGCCCUGGCGUCGUCGGCCCGGCCGUCGGCGUUGGUGUUCCUGGAGUUGUUGGCGUUGGAGUUAAUCCUGCCGUCGGGUACAAUGGCGGAACCGUGGUGAACGGUGGCUACCCGGCUGCGAACGGCGGCGCGACGGCAACCGCGACUGCGAAUGCGAGACGCACGCUGCGCUCGGUUCAGUAA